UACACCAGUGAACUCCAAAGUACCACAGUGUGUCACGUACAACCUCCAACAUGCCGAGUAUAGCGUCAAUAGCAACCAUCGUCAUCAAAGUGGUCAAAUUGAUCAUCAACAUAAUCAUCUUGUUGAUGUAUCGAUUUGGCUACGGCGGAGCAUUCUUGGGUGUUGGUGGAACAUGGAACCUAAACGAAGAGAAAAAUCCCGACGCAGAAAUAAUAGCAUCGGGAGUAUUUGUGGGUUUCUUCAUCUACACAACCGUCACUUUGAUAUCUUACUGCUUUGGAACAACAGGGCAGAAAAAGACCCUUGUGGAUAUCAUCAUGAACUUUGUGGGCACCGUGAUGUUCGUGGCGGUCGGAGGAGUGGCGCUACACUAUUGGACCGGCUACCAGAACGAACACAAAUACGUGACCGUCAGUAGUGAGAAGCAGAUCGGAAUCGCCGUUGGAUGUCUAUGCAUAGUCUCUGGAGCUAUCUACUUGGUCGAUACAGUCCUUUCUGUAAUACACUUCGCUAAGGACUUUGACUUCAAGUGAUAAAUUAAGUCCUCUAUAGACAUUGAUUAGAAGACUUCAACGGAUCCACUUAUUGGUGGUAUUUGCUACAAAUUCACUGAAGACUUUUCUAUUGUCUGCACCCCACGCUUAAUCCAUUCAUGGGGACGAUUCACUAAAUGUAUUACUUAUCCUAUAAGUUUUAUAAAUACAGUGGAACCUUUAUAAGACCCUCGAUAACAAGUCGCCCUUGAUAACAAGUGUCAUUUUCAAAACCCUUAAAAUUAUUCCACCCCUAAUCACACAUUAUUACAAACCUCGAUAAGAAGUCAACCUUAACAAGUCUUAUAUUUUACAAUCCCCACGAGAGUCUUGUUAUCAAGGUUCUACUGUAUUUCAAAUUAUGUUGAGUUUUAAUCAUUUUAAAUUGAAAACUAAUUUUACGGCUGAUUUUGGUACUGAAAUAUUUCUUAAAUUUGAAUUUAGUUGAAAAAAUAGCAUACACUACAAAACGCUUUUAAAGAUUUUGUAAAUAUCAUACAUAUUGUUGUUACAGUAUGAAUAUAGUGAUAAUUUAGUUGAUCCCAAGUACUAUUUCACAUUAAAUCCAUUUGUGGUAUGGUUUUUGUCAAAUUCAUUUAGUAAAAGAAAAAAUUUAACUUUCAGGAAAGGUUUAUCAAACUGAAAU